CGUAUCAAGAAACUCUACAUUUUUAGCUUGUCCCGAACUUUACAGCCAUACUGGUUGGGCCAUGGAUACUGGGCAACCCCCCUAUGCCGUGUUUUUUUUUCUCUCCUGAUUUCUCUUGCGAUCUCUCCCUUUUCUUUACUCUAUGUACACCAACGCCAUAUGAUCUUCUUCAAGUCUCUCUUACCACCAUUUGUACUUUUUAUCCACAAAGGCUUACUCUAUUACUGCUAGCUUUUAUUCUAUAUUCUCAAAAGAUACACACAAAGAACCAAUCGAUAUAUCAUGGGUUGCUGUCAAUCAACAUUCGAUCGAGAGGGUAAAUCUCGCAAUGACCAAAUCGAUGAUCAGAUCAGAAGAGACAAGGUGAAUCUCAAGAAUGAGAUCAAGAUGCUGCUCCUAGGCGCUGGUGAAUCGGGAAAAUCAACCAUUUUAAAACAAAUGAAACUCAUACAUGACGGUGGAUACUCUGAAGACGAACGAGAAGCGUUCAGAGAAAUCAUCUACAGCAAUACCGUCCAGUCGAUGCGUGUGAUCCUUGAAGCUAUGGAGACCCUUUCUGUGCCCCUGCGUGAACAACAUAACAGGCACCAUGCAGAAAUUAUUAUGGAGCAACCUUCACAAAUUGAAAAGGAGUUCCUGGCACCAGAAAUCACCGAUGCCAUCCGUUCGCUUUGGAAUGAUUCCAACCUUCUAUCUGUGUUUGAGCGAAGUCGAGAGUAUCAAUUGAACGAUUCGGCCAAAUAUUACUUUGAUUCCAUUGAUCGUAUUGGCGACCUUCAGUAUACACCCAGCAAUCAGGAUGUCCUUCGAUCCCGUGUCAAAACCACCGGCAUUACAGAAACUGUGUUUGUCAUUGGAGAUUUGACCUAUCGCAUGUUUGAUGUUGGAGGUCAACGUAGUGAACGAAAAAAGUGGAUCCAUUGCUUUGAAAGUGUGACAGCCAUUAUUUUCUUGGUGGCAAUAUCAGAAUACGAUCAAACUCUCAUUGAAGAUGAGUCUGUGAAUCGUAUGCAGGAGGCUUUGACCUUGUUCGAUUCAAUUUGCAAUUCAAGAUGGUUUGUAAAGACGUCUGUCAUUCUCUUCUUGAACAAAAUUGAUCGUUUCCAAGAAAAAUUGCCACAUUCUCCUCUAUCAAACUACUUCCCGGAUUACACCGGUCGAAACAACUAUGAAGAUGCCAGCUCAUACAUCUUGAACCGAUUUGUUUCGCUCAAUCAGUCGAACACAAAGCAGAUCUACACUCACUUCACUUGUGCAACCGAUACAAAGCAGAUCAAGUUUGUCAUGGCCGCUGUCAAUGAUAUCAUCAUUCAAAACAAUUUGAGAGAUGUCGGUCUGUUGUAGUAGAUUCGUUGAAGCUCAUUCCA